AUGGCAGAGCAAUGCAAGAUUUCCGCUUCCAUGGUGUCUGCAUCCGAGGAAAGGUCAUAUGCGCGGUCAUAUGUGCUCAAGGUAGAUGGAUAUUCAAGAGCCAAGGAGCUUCUCAAGAACGGCCAGUGUGUGACUUCUACCCCUUUCGGUGUUGGCGGCCACAGCUGGGUCGUGAGAUAUUUCCCAAACGAAACCUUCUCGAGGAAAGGUUCUUCAAGCAGGGGUUGGCAUGACUACAUCAAGAGGGAUGAUCUGGACGUAUCGUCGCAUCUGAGGGACAAUUGUCUCAACAUCAGGUGCGAUGUCACCGUCAUGAAGGAGAUCCACGGCGAAGAAGCAAGGGUUCCUCCAAGCGACCUCGACCGGCAUCUCGGCGACCUCCUCAAGAACAAGGACGCAGCAGACCUGACUUUCCAAGUUGGCGGACAGAGCAUCUCCGCUCAUAGGUGCGUACUCGCUGCUCGGUCAUCCGUCUUCAAAGCGGAGCUCCUCGGCGCCAUGAAGGAGAGCUCUGCUGCCAGCCCUAUUGAAAUCUGUGACAUGGAAGACGAUGUGUUCAAGUCCUUGCUCCAUUUCAUGUACACCGAUUCGGUCCCUCUGACACUGAAGCUUGAUGUGGUGAUGGCUGGCCAUCUUCUGGUGGCGGCUGACAGGUACAAUGUUGUGAGGCUGAAGCAGAUAUGCGAGGAGAAGUUGUGCGUUCACAUGGAUUCCAACAUGGUGGCCACCAGUCUGGCUCUGGCGGAGCAGCAUGGCUUCCCUCGUCUCAAAGAGGCUUGUCUACAGUUCCUUGAUUCUCCUUCCAAUUUCAAAGCUAUGAUGGCAAGCGACGGUUAUGAGCAUCUCACAUCUAGCUGCCCGUCUGUCCUCAAGGAGCUCAUAGCUAGAAUCCUCCCGGCUGAAUGGAGCGUGGCAAAGGAGGUUGUCAUGAAAAUGUGA